AUGCAGUCCAAAAUCAAGUCCAUCCUCGAGUGCGUUCGCUCACCAGACAGUCCGGAUUAUGGUCAGAUUCGCUCAGAGGACGACGAAAAGCUUGAAGAUGUCCAGCUCGAUGCACCAAUUCGAAACCAUACAAUCGCCAAAGAGCGGCGCAACAACCGCAUCCUUCUCAUAGCAGUAUCCUUUCUCUGUCUGGGAUGGCUCACGACAGUGGCAUUCUGGUACAAGACUGCCCCAAGGAGUAAUGGUCCUCUGCAUGUCUACACCAACACUCCCAUCCCGAAGGAGGUGUUUACUCCUGUGAAGAAAGUGUUUCAACCAGAUGAGAGGUACAUCGGUGGCACUCCGGAUGUUGAGAGGGAAUGGGAUAAACUGGUAGCUGGCCAUGAUGCUGUUUGGAUUGAGAACCCCAAGAAAUGGGGACUUCCUGAGGGCAUCGUCGCCCCCUACGAUCACCCAAAUACUCCAGUCCCAAAACCACAAGACUUUUAUGUCAUAUCCAUUCUUCAUCAGCUGCACUGUCUGAACCCUGAGUCCGAAAUGACCAUGCGAAAAAGGGAUAAUCUCGACCAGGAACUUGGACCGGACCCAGAUGAAGAGUUCAAGUGGAAGGUCCACGUCGAGCACUGCUUCGAGUACCUGCGCCAAGGAAUCUCUUGCGGCGGUGAUCUGAUCAUUGAGGGCAACAGUCCCAUCAAGGUUGGAAAGGGCCAUGCUACCUCCGUCACGGGAUGGGGUGUUGAGCAUGACUGCAUCGACUUUGACAAGUUGAGGCAGUUCCAGAUUGAGCAGGAGGCCAAGUAUAACAUGACGUGGCAGAAUCCGCAGUAG